UUACGCGAGGCUCAGCCCAGCCCAGUCCAGAACUAACCCCAGCCUUUCUUCCUCGGCGCCGCAGCCGCAUUCCAUCGAGCACCCAACGCCCAUGGCCAUGACCGCGCAGCCACCCAUGGGGCGAGCCGCUUUAUACUCCCACCAGACGACCGCCGCCCUUCCGCCCAAGCACCACCCUUCCCCUCUCCGCCCCCCGCUGCUCCGCGCCGCCGCGCGGCCCGUCCGCCUCUACGCCGCCGUCGCCACCGACGCCGCCUCUGCUACCACCGCCGCCGCGGCGAUGGACGCCGUGGCCGACUGGGGUCUCACCUCGCUCGAGGACGCCGACCCGGAGGUGUACGACCUCAUCGAGCGCGAGAAGCGCCGCCAGCGCACGGGCAUCGAGCUCAUCGCGUCGGAGAACUUCACCUCGCUCGCCGUCAUGGAGGCGCUCGGCUCCCCGCUCACAAACAAGUACUCCGAGGGCAUGCCCGGCGCGCGCUACUACGGCGGCAACGAGGUCAUCGACGAGGUCGAGGAGCUCUGCCGCGCGCGCGCGCUCGAGGCGUUCCACCUCGACCCUGCCUCCUGGGGCGUCAACGUGCAGCCCUACUCCGGCUCCCCGGCCAACUUCGCCGCCUACACCGGGUUGCUUCAGCCCCACGACCGGAUUAUGGGCCUCGAUUUGCCGUCCGGAGGGCACCUCACCCAUGGCUACUACACGGCCGGGGGCAAGAAGAUUUCCGCCACCUCCAUCUACUUCGAGAGCUUGCCCUACAAGGUCAGCUCCGACUCCGGAUACGUCGACUACGACAGGCUCGACGAGAAGUCCAUGGAUUUCCGACCCAAGCUCAUCAUCUGCGGCGGGAGCGCGUACCCGCGGGAAUGGGAUUAUGCGAGGCUCAGGGCCAUCGCGGACAAGUGCGGGGCCAUGUUGCUAACUGACAUGGCUCAUAUCAGCGGUCUCGUUGCUGCGCAGGAGGCUAAGAAUCCAUUCGUGUACUCUGAUGUGGUUACGACCACCACCCACAAGAGUCUCCGAGGGCCAAGAUCUGGUAUGAUAUUCUACAGGAAAGGCCCGAAGCCUCCCAAAAAAGGCCAACCUGAGGGUGCUCUUUAUGACUAUGAGGACAGGAUCAACUUCGCAGUGUUUCCAUCACUCCAGGGGGGGCCUCACAACCACCAGAUUGCUGCCCUGGCAGUUGGCCUGAAGCAGACCAUGUCACCUGGAUUCAAGGCCUAUAUUCAGCAGGUUAAGGCCAAUGCUGUUGCCAUUGCAAACCAUCUGAUGAGUAAGGGCUACAAGAUGGUUACUGAUGGAACAGAGAACCACCUUGUUCUCUGGGAUCUUCGUCCUCUUGGCUUGUCUGGUAACAAGGUUGAGAAAGUAUGUGAUCUAUGCAGCAUUACACUCAACAAGAAUGCUGUGUUUGGUGACAGCAGUGCAUUGUCACCUGGUGGUGUACGAAUUGGUACACCGGCAAUGACCUCAAGGGGUUUGGUUGAGAAGGACUUCGUGCAGAUUGCAGAGUACCUUCACCAGGCUGUGACCAUCUGCUUGAAUGUCCAGAAGCAGCGCGGCAAGCGUUUCAAUGACUUCACUGUUGACUUGGAGAACAACAAGGACAUUGCGGAGCUUAGGGCGGAUGUCCAGAAGUUUGCCAUUUCAUUUGAGAUGCCUGGGUUCCGGGUGUCUGACAUGAAGUACAAGGAUUAGGCUGCGGCGCCGUGCAAAUCAUGUUUAUGGGGCGGAACGAUCGCACCCUCAGGAACUGAUUGCCGUGGCGUGAAACGCGAUGUAUGAAUUUUGGUUAAGUGGGAGUGAGACUGGUCGAUCCAUUUUGGUUGAAUUGUUAAUGAUAUGAUUUAUGAAUAAUCAUUGAAGGCAUGCCAUAACAUGGAGACGAUUCUGGUUGUUCUUGCUUUUCUAA